CUGGCGUGGGAAGUGGGGUCGGCACUCGGGAGUCGGUAGUCGGGAGGUGUGGCGUGAUGCUGGCUCCACUACCUCCUAGUACCUUUUGUUAUCUGAACGCGACGCGUCUGACACGCCUCCGAGCGGCAGGCACAAUCUGUGCGUCCGGAGGGAAAGCGCGCGCAUAUUGAUGAGGAAGUUAUGAACAGAGUUCUUCGGAGAAGGUGCAGCCACGGACAGUAUUAGGCAGGUACCUCCUAGAAAGAAGUGGAAGCAGCGGGAGUCGGCUGAGCUGAAGCCGCGUGGCUUGGUAAGGCUGAGCUCAGCAGCUCGUGGACAAUGACGACGUCGCCAUCUGCUCCGCCUGCUUCCUUCAGCUGUCAAGUGAUGGCCUCAACUGAACCUACGUCGGAAUUCAGUGUGGAGGGGUAAAUAUAAGAUCCUGCACUGCGUCGGACACUACUUACCCUAUUCACCAUCCCACCAACCAUCGACACAUCACCAUCCAACCUCAACGUAUCUUCAUCCGGCACUCGACAUCUGCAGCUUCGCGCACCAUGUCGGGACCCUACGACUACAACAACCAGUCCUACGGACAAGCCCCACCCGCGCCUCAAUACGGAGGCCAACAAGGAGGUUACGGCAGCGAUCCGUACUCGCAACAGAAUCAGCAAUAUGGUGGCCAAGGCUACAACCAGCCUCAGCAACCGCCACAGGGCUCCUACGACCAGAGCGGCUACAACAACCAGGGUGGGUACGGCUCUGCACCCUACGGCCAGCCUGGAGGCUAUGGCGCACCACCAGCGCCACAAUAUGGUUCAGGUUACGACAAUCAGGGCCAAUCCACAUACGGAGGCCCUCCAAACGCCGGUGGCUUCAAUCACGCUCAGGCGCAACCUUCCUACGGACAGGACUACACUCCACAACAGCAGAACUAUUUGCAACAACAUCCACCAACCACGAACGACCCCAACAACCCAUAUGGCUAUCAACAAGACCCAAGAGAUCCGAAUAACCCACAAGAGGGCGAGCGCGGUUUCAUGGGAGCCAUGGCAGGCGGCAUUGGUGGUGGUUUGCUAGGCCACAAGGCAGGUCAUGGCAUUAUCGGCGCGCUUGCUGGUGCUUUCUUAGGUUCGAAGGGUGAAGAUAAGCUGAAGCAGAAACAUCACAAUAAGCCGCACGGAGGCAGCUCGUAUGGUGGCAGCAACAGGUGGUGAGGAGCCAUACUUGAUGCAGAGGGGCGAUCAGGGGUUUCAAUACAGAGUUUACCAUGGCUUGGAAAGAGCGCAAGCGAGCUUUGAUUUGCCAGAGUGAUUAUUAUUAUUUUUAUUAUUAUUUUUAUCAUUAUUAUUAUGACUUGAUGAUAGCACGAGCGUCCUUCAUAGAAAGAAAUUGUCUACGAAGAUGAGAGAGAUAUGCAUAUCCCUUCGCAUUGUAAUGAUAAUCAUCUACUGUUCUUC